CGGAACCAAAGUUUUGCUCUCCAUCGUCCACGACGAGCAGCACAUCCCGCCCGCAGUCAUGGUCAAAGUCGAGAUCGUCGAGGACAAGGACCAGCGCUCCGCUGGCUCGUCGCCUUACUCUUCCCCUUCCUCAUCUCGCACUUCGUCGUCGGCGUCGCUCUCUUCUGUGUCAUCUGAAUUAGACGCAGAAGAAACCUUUUUCGAGCGUGUCAGUGCGCUGGUCGACAUCAUCCCUCCAACUACCCGACACGCCAUUUCCACCAAGGUAUCCAACACCGCGUCUUUCCUCAAGCGCGGCGGGAAGCUCGCGGGGAACUUGGUGUGGAUCAUCACCACGUCUGCGCUGUUAGUUGGCCUGCCGCUUGCGAUGAGUCUGGAGGAUGAGGCGAAGAUUGUGGCCGAGGAAAAAGAAAUGCUUGCCCGCCAGCAGGGCGCGCAGCAGAUGAUUUCGGGAGUACCUGGCGUCCCUGGAUCAAGUCCAGAUAUGAGCCAGCCAAAAUCUCUCGUGCCGCCCGGGUUUUAACGAUCAUCCGAUAUGAUUGGACGUUGUAUAUGAUAUGUUUUCCAUGCUCUGCGUGCACGUAAUGCGUAAUCCCACCUUUCAUCUCCCACAUCGGUUCCGAGAAGCGUCUGCCCACGGCGGAACCCAGGCACGUUGCUGCUGGCAGUGCAGUGCAUAUUUGUAGUCCUCUCUUUGUGAUUCAUCGCUGCGGCACCAUUGGACCACAAGGACGACCACCGUGACUCAUCUUCGGCCCGUGUAUCUUUUUGGGAGGUGGUACCAGGUAUACGUUAAUAGUUGCGGUCUGUACU